AUGUUGUUUGAUGUCGGCUGCAACAUCGGCGAGUACACCCUCUGGGCGGUGGCGCUAGGCCGGGCAGUGGUCUGCGUCGAGAUGCUGAUGGACAACGUGCAGCGCGUGCAGAUGGCGCUCAAGCUUAGCGGGCUCAGCAACCAGGUGACCAUCGUCAACAACGCCCUCUACAGCGACCAUCGGUCCUUGGAAACUACUUUUAUAAGGUGACGGCGAUCGUUCAUAUUGCGAUGAUAUUAAGGCUUAUUUAAAAUACUGAAUGAAUGCAUGGAUGGAAAAAUGGAUGGAUAGCUUGAUGAAUGAAUAAAUGGAAAAGAUAAAUGGAUGCAUGGAUAAAUGGAUGAAUGAAUGAAUAGAUAAAUGAAUGAAUGAAUUGAUGGAUGGAUGGAUGAAAGGAUGGAUAAAUCAAUGGAUAAAUGGAUGAAUAAAUGGAUGGAUGAAUGAAUAAAUGAAUAAAUAAAUGAAUGAAUGAUGGAUGGAUAAAUGGAUGAAUGGAUAACUGGAUGGACGGAUAAGUGGAUGGACGAAUGAAUGCAUGCAUAAAUGACUGAAUGAAUGAAUGGAUGGAUUGAUUAAUGGAUGAAUGAAUGUAUAGAUUGAUGUAUGAAUAAUGGAAUAAAUAAAGGAAUAAAUAUAUGGAUGUAUAGAUGGAUGGAUGAAUAAAUAAAGAAAUCAAUUAAUACAACAGUGGGUGGAGAGAUGGAUUGAUGGAUCGUUGAGUGAAUGGAUGAAAGGUUGGAUGGGUAAAUAAAUGGAUGUGUGGAUGAGUUAAUUAAUUAAUGAAUGGAUGGAUGGAUGAAUGAAUGAAUGGGUGGAUAAAUGGAUGAAUCAAUGAAUGGAUGAAUGAAUGAAGGAAUAAACAGAUGGAUUGAUGUAUGAAUAAAUGAAUAAAUAAAGGAAUGAGUUUAUUGAUGUAUAGAUGGAUGGACAUAUGAAUUAAUGAAUGAAUAAAACAAUGGAUGAAUAGAUGGAUUGAUGGAUGGGUGAGUGGAUGGAUGAACGGAUGCAUGAAUAAAUAAAUGAAUGGAUGGAUAAUUAAAUGGAUACAUAAAUUAAUAGAUGGAUGUAUUGAUUGAUGGAUGAACGAAUGAGUUGAUGAUUUAAGGAUUAAAAUACUCUCUUUUGAGCUAAAAUACUCUGUGACAUGAAUUUGCAAAUGUUAGAAAAAAUUUAAAGGAGAUUUUGAUUUUAAAAAAUAAUUUUGAGAAUAAAUCAUAAUUACAACACAAAUUUAAGAGCUACUGAUUCAAUAAAUGUGCACCCAUUUCGUGCUACCUCAACAUAUCAGACGUUUUUUUUUUUUUUUUGCUACCUAAACACAUCAAGAGUUUUCAAACUACCUAAUUAUAUCUGUCGGCACCAAUGUUUGUGUCCGCUUACCUUUCGUAUUUUUAAAGUUUAAACUGACUUGAGUUUGGACCUGUCCACGUCGUUUCCGUCACAGGUCAAUAUGACGUAGUGGAUGUAGAGACUUAAUAAGUCAUCAGGAGAGACAACCGUUGCAACAAUUUUGCAUUGUUAAAUGAGGCAGUUGUGCCCCAUGUAAUGCUUUUUUGUAUGUUUGUUUUUUUGUUGUUGUCAUCCAAUAACUGAUGUAGAGGUUAGCAAUUCGUACAAAAUGAAUGGUGGGAUGUAUGUGUUACCUUAUUUUAGAGUUUCAAUGUUUAAAAACAUUUGAUUUUUAAAAAAAAAAACUUUUUUUUUAGAAUCUCUAUCAGCAAGAAUUGUGGGAUUCCAAAAGAUAUUUAUUUUUAAAUUCUAAUUUUUAAAAUGUUUUUUGUUUGUUUCUAGAAAAAGCUUAGGCACAAGUCGCCUCAACGUAUCCAAGCCGUUCGGUCUCGACCGGGUUGAUCAGUCCAGGAAGGUGGUGGUGAAGACCAUCUGCAUAGACGACCUGACGCCCCUGAUGAGAGGCCGGAACGUGUACCUGAAGAUGGACAUCGAGAACACGGAGCAGCACGCGCUCGUGUGUGCACACAAGUUCUUCCACGAGGUCAACGUCCGGGUCGUCCAGAUGGAGUGGCACAGGCGCGUCCCCGAGGAGAGCGUGCCCAUCUUGAACUUCAUGGCCGCCCACGGAU